CGCCAGAAACCAAUCCAUCCCCAUCUUCUUGCAACCUCUUCUCCCCAAUAAGCUGCUUCCACUCCUUAUCUUUCUUUAAUAUAAACUUUAAAUAAAGAAAUGCAAGAAAUGAAACCAAGAACAAAGCGCAUUUCUUGAAUUGUUGUCGUUCCCUUAUCUUUUUUUCUCAUUUUCUCUAUCAAAUGGCAUCUAUCUCUCUACCUAAGCACUCUCUGCCCGCUUUGCUUCCUAGUCAAAAACCCAGACUCCAACAUUCUUUAAACCUCCCAAUUCUCUCCAGAUCAUCUCACUCUCAAUUUUAUGGGCUCAAAUUCUCUCAUUCUACUUCUUUUCCUAUCCCCAGUUCUUCUUCUAUUAAGACUGCCAUUUUUGCUAAGGUGAACAAAGGGCAGGUGCCACCCAACUUCACAUUGAAGGAUCAAGAUGGCAAGAAUGUAAGUCUUUCCAAAUUCAAAGGGAAGCCUGUUGUUGUCUAUUUCUACCCUGCUGAUGAGACCCCUGGCUGCACUAAGCAGGCUUGUGCUUUCAGGGAUUCUUAUGAGAAGUUUAAGAAAGCAGGAGCUGAGGUUGUUGGAAUCAGCGGUGAUGAUCCAUCUUCACACAAGGCAUUUGCGAAAAAGUACAGACUUCCAUUCACAUUGCUGUGUGAUGAAGGAAACAGAGUAAGAAAAGAGUGGGGAAUUCCAGGAGAUCUGUUUGGAACAUUACCUGGGAGACAGACAUAUGUUCUUGACAAGAAGGGUGCGGUUCAACUCAUCUACAACAACCAGUUUCAACCCGAAAAGCAUAUUGAUGAAACCUUGAAAUUACUUCAAAGCCUUUGAUCCUUCAGUAUGUUGUAUUGAUUUUAUAUUUACCUUUUCCCCUUCUCAUCUGUUAUCUUGGAAUUCAACAUAUUCUUGUAUUAUUCUAGUUAUUGUAGUUAAUAGCCAGUUACCGGGUAGGAUCCUUUGUUAUUUCACAUAUAUAUACAUUCACAAGGAUUGAAGCUGUA